AUGCUCGGAAAGCUCUUCCUCACUAUCGACGCAAUAGGCCUCCUUCUGGGUGCGCCGCUCGCCGACUACAACCACACGCAUAUAUUCAACCCGCGCUGGCCGCCGCAUGCCAAGUUCCACGGCGCGCAAACCAUCAGCCUCUCGGUCCUCCUCGGCCUGGCCACGCUGUACUACACGUGGCGGCCAUCGCUGCAGCCGGCAUCCACCCCGCCGGCGCUUGCUCGGCAGCGGAAGCAGGACGGCCUGACCAUGGCCAUCUUCACGGGCACCAUCUACUGGUUGGCCGGCCUCGCGUCCAUCCUAUAUCCCGGCACGGACGGCAUCGACCCCGAGUUCGGCCCGUCUGGGUUCCCGCAGGCCCCUAUUUUUAUCGGGUUCGCGUCGUCGGCUGUGCUCGGAUGGAUGUUGGAGAGAAGGGAUUGA